AUGGAUUUUGACGCUUUAGCCAUUCAGUAUGGCAAGGUACAAAUGCUCGUUGAUAUGGAUACGUUUCCUGUCCCUGAGCCUCAAUUAUCUGAAAUGGAAGAGAUGAUGGAAAGCCUCGUUGAAACGUUUCAAGAAGACCAAAUUGAGCGUUUCAUUCGAAUAGUUCAAGAAGAGGGACUGACAGCGCCAAAAGCAGCAGAGCAGUGCGAUAUACCCCGUAUUAGUGCUUGCAAGCUAUUAGGCGAAUUUAACGCCGGAAAUGGGUCCGUACUUCCUGGCAGUGUUCCAAGGAAAAUUAGACAGGAGCCAAAAAUGUUGUUUCCACAGCAUUCAGCCUUUUUGAUCGGACUAUUUGACGUCAACUCAUCGACUGUACUUGGGGAAGCAAGGCAAAAGUUGUGUGAACAUUUCAAUGACCUUGAAAUAUCUAUUCGUGGUUUUUAUAAGCAUAUCCGAGAGAAAUGUUCAAUAUCGUUAAAGUAG